AUGGCGGCCGUGGCGGAGAAAUCGACGAAAGAGCGGCUGCUGUGUGUUUUGGAUGAUUUGGAGGUUUUAUCCAGGGAGCUGAUAGAGAUGCUGGCUUUGUCCAGGGGUCAGAAAAUGCCUCAGCCUGGAGAGGACACGCAGAUCCUGGAGCUGCUGGUGCAGAGGGACAAGGAGUUUCAGGAACUGAUGGAGGUGGCCCAGCAGCAGGGGAAGGUUCACCAGGAGAUGCAGCUGCUGGAGAAGGAGGUGGAGAAGAGAGACAGUGACAUCCAGCAGCUCCAGAAACAGCUGAAGGAGGCCGAACACAUCCUGGCCACUGCUGUUUACCAGGCGAAAGAGAAACUCAAAUCCAUCGAGCGAGCUAGGAAAGGAAGCAUCUCAUCAGAAGAAAUCAUCAAGUAUGCUCACAGAAUUAGUGCCAGUAAUGCUGUGUGUGCUCCUCUCAACUGGGUGCCAGGUGAUCCACGCAGACCUUACCCUACUGACCUGGAAAUGCGUAGUGGGAUGCUCGGUCACAUGGCCAACCUGUCCACCAAUGGCGUGAAUGGACAUCUGCCAGGUGACGCUUUAGCUGCUGGGAGAUUACCAGACGUCCUGACGCCUCAUUACCCGUGGCAGUCGUCUGACGUCACAGUGGGGAUGCUGCCCCCGCACCACGGCAAUGACUUUGGCCUGGAGCCUCCGGGUCACAACAAGGAGAAUGAGGACGACGUAGAGGCCAUGUCCACAGAUUCCUCCAGCAGCAGCAGCGACUCCGACUAAAAGCGUGUGUCGGAGUCACUUUGUAUGUGUUUUAGAGUUCACAAUUUUUAUUAUUUUUUUAAAUGUCCUCUUUUUGAAUUUAUCAGUGAGCUUUAGUGGUGUUAAUAAGUAGAUUAUGUUCCCUUUGGGCAGAACCAGGCUAACUGGCUGUAAUGUAGAGUUUAAUCAAAAUUAUGUAGAACUAGCAAAGAUGAACACAUCUCAUUCUAAACUUCUGCAUAAAGUGAGAACUGACAGAUCAAAGAAUAUCCUUAGGAAAAAUCAGAGUGGAGCCAAAAUUUGCUGCCUUUUGCUCUUUGUGUGUGUGUGUGUGUGUGUGUGUGUGUGUGUGUGUGUGUGUGUGUGUGUGUGUGUGUGUGAGAGAGAGAGAGAGACACUUGAUGUCUAAUUAUGGUUGUCAUGGUCAGACUGUUUGCACUGUGGUGUAAGUUGUGUAAAUAUACCUGUAAAUACUCAGCCUUGGAAAUUAAUACUUGUUGAAUAUUGUUUUUGUCUCUGGAAAUGUU